CAGAGACCCUGGCCCUGGAAGAUUCCUUGUCAGAAACGCCAUGGGCGGGAAUGUAUCAUCAACCAAAGGGACUGGCCGGUCAGUUUAUCGUAGACGAUCUUCUUUGCUAUUCUUCCACCAAAAAUUCCCUACUGUGUAUCCCCCCUCCCUUCCAAAAUCUCCGGGUACGUGCUCGUGGUUGGGACAUACGUAGUCACUCAGGGGAAAAACAAUGGACACAAGCACCAAGGCACGGCAUUCCGUGGAACUAGGCCGGUGUACACGCGAGCUGAACCGAUAUUAAUGCGCUGGGAC